AGCUUUUCCAUUUUUUGCUAUAAAAUAAUUACUCCAUAAAAAGGCUAGAUAUUAAUCAAGCAAUAUAAUAGAAUGGAGCCUGUUGGAGUGGGAGCUACAUAUUUUGAUGAAGAGUGGGAGUCCAUAAGCAAGAUGUUAUCAAGCAGUCAUGAAAUUGAUGAUUUCAUGCUUAUUCAACUCAAGGGCGAUGAUUAUGAUAAUGAUCAAGAAUGCCGCAUGAGUGCUCAUCAUCAUCAUCAUGAUAAUGGAGUUCUGGACAUUCUCAAUAAUGGCGGCAGCAGAUUUUACUCUUCGUGCUCUUCUGAUGAUGUUCUCAUCAACACUGAAGAUCACUUUCAGCGAUAUGUAUCAUACGAAAGUAUUGAUGAUGGUGUGAUGAAGAUGAACAUUGAGAAUAAUAGCCAUUCAUCAGGCGGUGUCCAAACGUUUUAUUAUCAUGAUGAUAGGGCGGCUAUGGGACAAGAUGUUGGUGAAGGUAAUAAUAAUUUUAACCUUCAGACAGCCAUUAUUGUUGAUUCACACCCGGAAGUGAAACAGCUCAAGAGGAGUUCUGGGACUGCUAUCACUAACAAAUCAUCAUCUCAAAAUCCUAUGAAAAAACAUCGGGUUUGGCCACGUGCACAGAAAAACAAAACAACAGCACUCCCCAUGUCAAAGAAGAACCUUGAAAAUGGAGAUGAAGAUCAAGAGGAAGGGAAUCCACAGAAUUCAAGCUGUAGCAGCAGUGAUCAUCAUGAUGACCUUAUUAUGAAUGCCUCCAAUUCAAAAGCAAAAUCAAGGGCUGUUAGAGGGUCUGCCACGGAUCCCCAAAGCUUGACGAGACGUAACACCGCCGCUUCCGCCCAGUCGACGGUGAGGAGUGACCACCCUGAACAAGGCAUGAUCGUUCCUGUCAAUUGGCUGGAAACGGCGUUGAAUAAUGUGGCUAACAUGAUCGCCAACAUUAUGGAACGAUUAGACCAGGCUCUCCCUGGCCCAUCUAGCACCCGGGAUAUCCCUACCGGGCAACCCCACCAGGUCCUGCGUACUGCCAGUUCUCCCAUCCUCCAGGAGCUUCAUGAUCCGGAGGAGGUGAUGAUCGCCGUUGAUUCCAGCGACGCGUUGAUGUGCCGAUGCUUCAUGCAAACAGUGGAUAGCAAGGUUGCGGAGUGGGUGAAUGACAUUCCUGCCGGAUCGAUCCGGACAUGGGAUGAAUUGGGAUUGCGGUUCCUGGAACAUUUUGCAGGGAACUGCCGUCCCAAGAAGCAUUUCACUCACUUGGCUUCAGUGCGGCAGAAGCAUGGGGAAUCCUUGACGCAUUUCCUAACCCGAUGGAGAAAAGAGUCCAGGGAGGUUAAAGGAACCGACGAUAAAUCCAGGUUAGCCAUGUUCACGGCGGCAUUGCAAGAUGGUCUUCUUCAUACCGAUCUUACAACCCAUCCCCCAGAUACCUUUGAAGAAGCGAUGGUCCGGGCCGGGAGGUAUGUGACCUUGGAGGAGAGGAAGGAGGAAAAGAAAGAGAAGACUCCCAAAGAAGAAGAGAAGGAGGGAAACAAGAAGCCUUUCAAGAACAAGAAGCAGGGCUUCCCGGAUGGCCCAAAGGGCACAAACCCUGGGAGCUCGGAGAAGCACAAAUUUGCCAAUCCAGUCUUUAUUUUACCGAUGGCUGAAGUCAUGGCCCAUGCUGCACAGCAGGGGUUAAUGACAUAUCCAACCUAUUCCCAGAAGAAUGAGAUGGCGAGGCUAAUCCACCGGGGCCAUCUGAAGAAGUUUAUACAAGAUGGUGACGUGGGAAAUCUCGGGAACGCUCAAAACGGGAAGCGUAGAGAUAAGGAGGUGGCCCAGGCUGAGACCCGGGAAAAACGCCACAUCAGGCUUGAAGAUGAAGAGGAGGAUUCAGAGCCCGCACCACACCGGUAGAAGAGACACCACGGGUGUAAUUCCAUCAUUGGUGGGAAUACUGGUGGAGACUCGGCCACAAGCCGGAAGAAGUGGGCCAACGCGGCGAUAGUCAAUAAGGUGGUGGCCCCGGAAGGUAAGAAGCUGAAAACUGAACCGAUUGUAUUUUCUAAUGCUGAUUUGCCAAAAAUAGGGGUCCCCCAUAGGGACGCCCUGGUGAUUACGAUCGAUAUAAUGAACUGUAACACCCUAA